GAAGGAUGGGAAACUGCCUGAAAAGCCCCACAUCAGACGACAUAUCUCUACUUGAUGGUUCUGAGAGUGUAGCCAGAGAGGGCAGCUCGUCCUCGGACCAGAUGACUGAGGGUGACUCAGUCCCUCAGGUGGAGGUGUUGUGAAGGUCACAGGAAAGAGAAGAGACAAAAAGGAGAGGAGAGAGAUGAUCGGAACAUUCCACAUAAUCACUCUGAGAGAAUGGAAUUCAUGUAUACUGUAUUGCAUAUCUUCUUGGAGGAGCUUAAUAAGAUGUGAUGAAAUCUUUUCAGCUAAAUUGUUUGCAGACCCCAGUAACUUAUUUGUCAAAUUAAAUUAAAAUUGUCAUUGAAAUGUCAUAAAAGAAGAGAUGUAACUGCGCUUAUCUUCAUAAUGCAGAUUCAUUGAUUUUCAUUUAAAGGGAAAACUUUUUCCACAAAUGUAUACUGUAAUGGAUUUCUGUGAACAUAUUAUUUUCUUGGUAACUGAUAGAACAUAAGAAAAAAAUCAUAAGUUAAUUGUACCUUGAAAUGAGAUGUUGCCCUCUACUUCAUCUCCAGUAGAGUCUGCUCCGACCCCAUUAUCCCUCACUGACAAUCUUACUUGCCAGCAUCAACAUUUAGGUCACACAAAAGCAAGGCAGGUGGCAGAUGUAUCAAGGGCAAAAUACCAGAUAUCAUCCAAAGUGGAUUUUGGGAUGUGUGGUGUAGAUGUAAGUCGUCAUGAGAGGGGGAAUAUGAUGCCUCCUCCAGAUUUGUGUGCUAGAGAAGGACAGAACUGUGGUGAACUACAGAGACGGAGUAGUAGAUCUUGUGAUGUAGAUACAGAGGCUACUAUUGCUCAAGCAUCCUGUGAUACCAAAUUUGUAACAGGUAUGUCACAAAGUGGGGAUGAGAGGGAAGACACAAUGGAGGAAGGUGCUUGGGGUCUUCCUCCUCACUCAUUUGAAGACUCCUCAGAGGGAAUAGAAGGUUCUUUGGAGGAGUAUGUAGCAGUCAGUACCAAGGCUAGUUUACCUGACCUAUGUGAUACUAGUAGUGGCACGCGCAGCAGAGUGCCUCUUGACAGUGGCCUAGGAAAUGACUGUGGUCAAGAUCCAGAGUGUAACUCAUUAUCCCCUGUGUCUGGGGAUGAGCAUUGUGUGGGCACUGUUGAAAAAACAUCUUCAGAGUCUCAGAGGGAUAAUUUAUGCACAGAUGAGAAUGGGGAGAUGGCAGAAGGAUUUGUUUGUUCUAAUGUGAAUAUUGAUGCCAGCGAAACAGUGAAUAAAUGCAGUGAGAAUAGAAUGAAUGAAAUAAAUUCAGCAGUUGAUAAUGCUGAUGGUAGUGUCUUAAGUUGUGAACCUGUUGGUGAGGAGGCUGAUAAUUUUGUAAAGGAAGGAGAAAAAUCUGAUGUGAGUGAUGACAGUAGUGGACUAGAAAUGAGGAACACUACUGAAGACACUGAUGCCAGUCUUAAAGAGUCUUAUGAACCAGAAAGGUCAUCUGGUCCAAAGGAAGACUAUCUCAUUCAUGACAACCAACAGAUAUCUUUAGUGGCAUGUGGUGUAACCCACUGUGAUCCUAGUUUUGAAAAGGAUAUUGAAAUGGCUGAUCUCACUGAAGAUGAAGAAGGUGUUAAUUUAAUCAGGCACAAUCUGCACCACUCCAGCCACCCAAUGUUCAAUAAAUGGCCAUGCUACUUCUACAUAACUCAAGAGCAUCUACCCAGCUUCUCCAUAGAUUCUCAUGGAAGACAUAUUGGAUCUGAGGCACCUCCAAUGUUUUUCCCAUCUCCAUCUGUAAGUCGGCCAGCAUCCCAGCUGACUGAAGAAGAGCAAGUAAAGAUUGCCAAACGUAUGGGAUUAAUAACACACCUCCCUUGUGGAAUUUUUGACGGCACCAAGAAGAGUGGAGAAUGUGUGAUCUGUAUGAUAGACUUCACAGUGGGAGACCGAGUACGGUAUCUGCCAUGUAUGCAUACUUACCAUACAGAGUGCAUUGAUGACUGGUUAAUGCGCUCAUUUACCUGCCCAUCAUGCUUAGAACCAGUGGAUGCAGCUCUGCUUAAUACCUAUGGAUCUAGCUAGCCGUCUGCAGCUGGUGGGAAGGGUUUGCUCAGGAUUUCCUUUCAUUUGUUCCUGGCUAACAGGUGAUAUUGGUACACUGUCUUUAGAGGUUACUUAAUUGUACUGGACAAAGAAAUGUGAUGAUUUUGUAUCAUUUAUUUAUGUUAAGAUUUUGAAGCUGAUUUUGUUAUAUUAAGUUUAAUUAUAACAUUAAUACUCUAAAUCCAGUCAAUCAUUUACUAAUUUGUAUUGAAUAAGACUUGAAUGCCUAUUAUAAUGGAAAAUUCUUGAAUAUUGUAGCAGCUAAAUACGUACUGUACUUCAGUUCCACUGUAGUUCCUGUAUAUAUUAAAUGCAUUGUGGGUUUUUUUUUAAUCGGUUUCGUAUUGUCUUGUUUUGGGAGUAUUUCAAAAUAUCACCACCUCAUUACAGAGAAAUAAGGUUAAGGAUUUACAUUUUCUUAGGCUUUUUAGUUUUUCUUUCCCACUUUUUAAAAAAAUAUUUAGCAGUUAAAUGACUUUCUAAGUGUAUUAUUUAGUUUAUUUGGGAAAUAAAAUUCUCAUUUAGAUGAGUUGACAGGGUCUCAAAGAUUGGCAGGAUCUGAAAAUUGACUUUUAUAGAUUGAUAAGAUUCAUUUUAAGGAAUUAACUUUAAGUACAGCAUGAUAGUUUAAUUGUAGCUAUGCAGAGAAGUACUUGGAUUUAGAAACAUGUCAUAGUUAACAAUGAUUGUCAAAAAUGGUGUGUCACAUGUACAGUAUAAAGAGUUGAGAUUUACACACCAUUUAUUAUUAUUGAAAUAACAAAUACAAUAGUGAAUAUAGCUCUCAAUUAGUUUGCUGGGUCUAAGAUAUUCAUUUAUCAUUUAUUUGGGAAAAUAACAUGGUUUCUUUUGAAGUUUACAUAUAGUCAACCAAAAUCAAUAUACAGUUAACCCUCGCUUUACGCUGUCCCACAUUCCGCGUUUCCAGGUUUACGCGGUACCCUGCCGAAACAGGAAUGCUCACAUUCCGCGGUGCGUGUACCCCUUUACGCGGAGAGAGGCUGGCGAGCCGCGCCAUUUUUGGAUCCAAACCUCCUGCCAUCUCUCCCGCCCUCUCCCGCCAUCCGCCAUGUUGUGUAAGCGGCGCGAGCAUGUUGCGCACAAGGUCUCCCAAUCAUCAAAACAUUACCGAGUUCUUCACCCGCCACCCACCACAGCCGGCCAAAGUCAGUGAUAGUGAUAAUUAUAGUGAGGAUAUGGACUUGUAUGGACUUUGAGGGGUUUGACAAAGAGGCCCUGCAAGCCUCUGUGGUGGAUAGUGAUACAAGUGAUACAGGUGAGAGCCAAUAAUCUGCCCUCUCCAUCGGAACCACCGCCCAUCCUCGUGUGCCCAGCCAUCUUUUCUACUAAUGUAAGUGUUAAAAAACCUAAUAUUAUUGAUAUUUCUCUUAAUUAUUAAUUGUGUGUGCAUACCAUCAUAAAGUUAAGAUAAUAUUUUUACUGCAAC